CCUAGACAUCCACAAAUGAGCUCGGACUUACUACUGGAGGGUGCAGUUGUAUACAGGAAUUUAGUAUUGGGUGUACAUCUUCCAGUAAGGACCGGCAGAGGAACCAAUGGAAUGUCUGGGUGUUCUACUUCUGCUUUUCCUCCAGGGGGUGCUGCUCUCCCCCUCUCUAUCUUCACACGCAUGCCCCCUGGCCUGUUCGUGCUUGCAUGGUUCCCACGUGAACUGCUCCUCUGCAGGCCUGUCCUCCACCCCCCUGGACCUCGAGAAGUACACCGCUAUCCUGGAUCUUUCCCACAACGUCCUCACCGCUGUGCAGCACAUUGGGUAUGAACAUGGACCAUUGUACCAGCUAACCCACCUCCUGCUGGGGCAUAACCGUCUUGUUGGCCUGUCGUUGUGCCUGCCGUUAAUCUCGGACGUUACCCAGGAGCACCUGCUGCAUCCUCUGCCUUGUGAGUCUUGGGCGCCCAAUUUAUGGCUACUCUCCCUUGAGGGGAACCAACUCCAAGCCAUCCCAGAAGGUCUGGUGGGAAGCACGUUCCUAGAGGUGCUCAACUUGUCCUACAACAAGAUCAACGCCAUUCAACAUGGCAGCCUAAAUGACUGCGCUCAGUUGAGGGAACUGUACCUGCAGCACAAUAACAUCUCCAGUCUUCAUCCUCUUGCAUUCCAGCACAUGGUGAAGCUACAGGUGCUGGACCUAAGUUUUAAUGCCCUGGGCACUAUUGCAACAACAGCAUAUCUGUCGUUCCGAACCUUAAAUACUUGGCUGGACGUGCAAGGAAACCUCUGGAGAUGUGACUGUGAUUUGCGAACCUUGAAGAAGUGGAUGAGCUUCGACCAUGACUGGUCACAGCUGUCCUGGAAGGUGGUGUGCGAGGCACCAUCACAACUGGCUGGGAGGGACCUAAUGCAUGUGGAUGAAGCAGAGCUCACCUGCGUCACUGUGACCUCCAAUGCUAAGUACUAUCAAGACGUGACUGUGGACUUGGGAGCUGAUGUUCUCCUGCCAUGCAGCAUAGAAAAAUGGGAUACAGUCGUGAUAUAUUGGUGGACACCACAUGGGGUGGUAGAAAGCACCGACAGUCAGGGUGGUCUGCUGCUGCAUAACAUUGGCAUGCAUGAUGAGGGUCUAUAUGCAUGUACUUCCGGGGAAAACCAAAGGCUGGCCUCUGUGUUUGAUAUCCAAGUCCGCAAUGGCAGCUUGGGUGUGCGGAGAAUAACCCGAGAUGUCCAGUCCCAAAAACAGGCAGAGGAGAGGUCACAUUCACAAUUUGUCCUGGCAGUCUGUCUUUCCGUAUUCAUCACCUUUAUCGGUGCCUUUAUCCUCGGAGCCCUGGCCAGACCACUCCUCAAUGUUCUUUGGAGGAGGAUGUGUGCCAGAAAAACCCUUACAGAGUCCCCAAAUCCAUGUGAGAAUAUGGGUUAUUCUGUUGAAGAUGAAGAAGAUGACCAAGAGAGAAGAGUAUCUCGCGAUCAUCGGGCUAGUGAGCCAUACUACAUCACAGUCCUCCCCAACCCUGAUGGUGCAUCACCUAAACCUGAGUGCUCAGCAGAGGCCACUGUUACACUAAAAAAUGGGGAGGUCAGUAUUGAUGCAAGAUCGACCUAUGAGAACAUCUCAGUGGUAAGAAAAGGCAAUCCUCCAGAGCUAAACCAAGAACCUUGUAGUGAAGGUGAUGACAAGUCAGACAACUCUAUGACAGAGAUCACGAUCACUGAUGAUGCCUACAGUUUAGAUGCUGAGGUCAACCUAAAUCCAGUCAACAUGACUGAGCCAGACCAGGAAAAUCACCUCAACAACAAUUAUUUUAAGGGAGAGUUAGAGGUGGACUGGUCUGAGAAUAUUUAUGAACAAGAGGAAGACCAGAUUAAAGAAGAUGAUAUGGGUAAAUCCAACACAACCUGGAAUCCUUGUCCGGCCCAGAGUCCUAGCCCUUCACCUGAAUCUUUCACAGCUUGUGCUGUAUCUGUAACACCAAAUCUACUGGAUCCAAACUUGGAUCCAGAUUUCUGGAAUGACAGCGGAGAAAGCUUUGAGUUCAGUGAUUCCGGGAAAGAUCUAUCGCAAUUUAAUUUAGCCAUAAAGACAGAUCCUGGAACUAUGCUUAGAGAUCUGACAAUGGAUCAUCCACAGGAAAGUCAAGGCCUACAUGGACCACAAGAUGAAAACUCUAAUCAUGUACUCUCCUACAAAGAUUCUGUCAACAAACACACAUGUGAAUCGACUGACUCUGUAGUUAAGCUUGAACAAGUGUCUCCAUCAUCCGAAUCUUUGCAGAGCCACCAUCACCAUGACAAUGGCAAUGAACCAACAGAUCACACACUGUGCCAGGAGCAUACAGAUGAAGUGAAAGGACAAAUGAACAGCGAUGAGCUCAGUGAUGAACCAGCGGAUCACACACAGAGCUAUGAGCUUAGAGAUGAGCCUACAGGAUACACACAGAGCUUUGAGCAUAAUGAAACUACAGGACACACUCUGACCAAUGAGCUUAAGGACGAACCUACAGAAUAUGCAAAGAGCUAUGAGCUUAAUGAUGAGCCUACAGAACACGCACUGACCUGUAUGAUUAAUGAUGAACCUACAGGACACGCACUGACCUAUGAGCUUAGAUAUGAACCUACAGGACACACACUGACAUGUGAGCUUAAUGAUGGACAUACAGGAUAUGCACAGGGCUAUGAGCUUAAUGAUGACACUACAGUUCACAUACAGAGGUAUGAGAUCAAUGAUGAACAUACAGGAUAUGCACAGAGCUAUAAGCUUGAUGAUGAACCUACAGGAUAUGCACAGAGCUAUAAGCUUGAUGAUGAACCUACAGGAUAUGCACAGAGCUAUAAGCUUGAUGAUGAACCUACAGGAUAUGCACAGAGCUAUAAGCUUGAUGAUGAACCUACAGGAUAUGCACAGAGCUAUGAGCUUGAUGGUGAACCUACAGGAUAUGCACAGAGCUAUGAGCUUAAUGAUGAACAUAUAAAACACACCCCUACUGGUGAGCUUAGAAAUGAAUUAAUGGGUCACAGCCCUGAUCUCAAGGUGUUUUGUAAAGACACCUUCUGCCUUCACCCAAAGGAUGGGACAGAUCCUGUAGUUCAGUUUGCAAGUAAGUCAUGUGACAAUCUGAAAAGCCCUGAUCAGUCUAGUUGCAGUUCCAAUGAUACUAGAGAUGAAUCAACAGUUCUUAGAGAACUAAACAGAAUGAAUAGUAAAGAUGAGCCAGAACUUGAUAAAACCUCUUUUGCUCAUAACAGCACCAUUCAAAAACAUCCAGACACCUAUUCUGAUAUCCCUGUAACAUCCACAUUUGAGGACAUGCCAAGCAUAUCUUUAGAAAAACACAUGGAUUAUCACAACAAUUGUUCACCAGGAGGUUUGGGGUCUGAAUGGCCCAAACCUGGGAGACGCUGGUCAGAGAGGAGCCCAGAAGAAGCCCCCUGGGAUUCUGCAGCAGACAGUGGGAAAGUAACAUCAGCUGGAGAACCAAGAGAGAACCCAGUAGUAUAUCAUUCUGAAGAACCACAACCCAAGGUGUGGACUGAUGUAACCCCUCCAUCUCCAACUGCUGCAGAUUCUGGAGACUGGAGACAGAAUCCUUGGGAAGCUAGUCAACUACAGACAACCAGAAGACCCUUUCUUUUCACAGCCAGUCCAUACACGCCAAAUAUGGGAUGGAACUCAGUCCUACCCAGAAAGCCAAGGAGGAGUUCUGAUUUGAGCCAGAAGUCCAUUGACAAAGACACUCUUAACGAAGAGGCUGUGGGAGAGAUGUUUCCAUCCCUUGUGCAAGAAGAGUCUUUGCAGGGAAUACGGAAGCAGGAUUGGAGAGCUGGAGGACUGUUCCUCCAAGGGUGGAGGACGACAGAUACAACUGCCCCAUCCACCAAAUGCUCUGAUGGAAUAAUGGGUGAAGAUCUGACAUCUAGUCAUACCUCUUCCUGGAGGCAUAGACCUACAGCUAUGGGAGAUAUGCAGAGAGAUGUCAAAACAGCAGAUGAGCCCUACAGGGGCCCACAUCUUUCAGACACACAAAAACAUGGAGAAGAUCAGGGUAACCUUGACUUCAGCUUUUCCAGAUCUGGGGCUCAGUCCUCCCAGCUUUUUGACAUUGACAAUAACCAAGGCAGUGAGGCUUGAAUGCAUUUUAGUCUCACAUAUAAUUUGUCUAUGACAAAAAUUAAUUUUCUCAGAAUUUAAUAUGUUGAUGAAGACGCUUCCAAAUCAACGUCUUGUCAUUGUUUGACCUGCUACCCAAGUAAAAAAAGAAACAAAAUACCAGAAGUAUGAAAUUAUGUCAAAUUAUAUGUCAAAUUAUAAAAACAGAGAAAAAAUACAAAUGAUAUUGUAGAUAAAAUACUUCCUCUCA